AUGGGCAGAACUGCCGUCUCGCCAUCACGGUUCCAGCCAUCCGUUUUACGAACCUCGACAGCCACAUCGCACCAGCAUGCCAGUCAACUCUCCCUCACGGGACACCUCUAUAAACAUAUACCGAUUUCGUGGAUUGAGAGGCACCUACUUGUCUACCCACAUCUUGACUCGUUAGACGGCUUGAAGGCCGGCCGUGCGGUGGCUAAAGUCUUUCACGAAGCUCCCCGAAUAAUGGGAGAUCUGGGACUGCUUUUACCUGGUGAAAAGGGAUUGAUUUGCCAUAUAUCAAUCUGGAACAUGGGAUAUGCAGCUCUUGAACGUUUUCCGGACAUGGCAGUGUCGACAUUCACUGACCUCGCCCCCCGUCGCGCAAUCUUGGUCAUAUUAUACCCAGACCUAAGCAAAAAAGUCGCUUAUGAAGAUCACCACGAUCUUGAGUCUCAUUUCGGAUUUCAAUAUGCGACUGAUCCCUGCAGUGCAUUCCCACAACGUGGACAUUUGACAGGACAUAUAAGGCGUGCUAGGAAGAAGAAAGGCAGGCCAGAGGAAGUGUAUUCUCAGAUCGCCUGUGGAGCCUUUUUCCAGCUAUGUCUACAGCAGAGCAGUGGGUUAUCCAGGUACAGUACCUUAAUCGCUGUGCACUUGCUGGGUACGGAGUACAGUGGAGACUUUGGACAAGGAAGCACUGCUCUGCGGCGAUUUCAAUCCCACUCACUGACGCUAGAGCGCUAUCCGAUGUCUAAGUCCCAAUGCAAAGGCAAGACGGUUGUGCGACGGCACCGAGGCGGCGGGAAUGAGGUGCCCCUCGAGGAGUUUAUCGACGCCGUUACGGAAGCGAUGCAGGCGAGCAUCGCGAGAUUCGUUCCGAUCCUUACGCCGCCAAGUAUCACCGGUCCUGUCCGCAAAUUCGAGGAAAGUAUCCACGCCGGCCUCGAACUUGAAGAAGCAGCUCGGCGCAACUGCACCCUACAGGACAACGACGACAAGCUCUACAGCAAGUGGCAGUGUCUUCGGCGACAAACGGACAGACUCGUCAAGCAAAUCUCGACAAUGUCGUACCGCGAUUUCGUUGAAUCCAGCACAAAGGCCAUGGCAGGAACCUACGGCUUGGCUCGAGUGGGCGCCCGUUGGGACUCGGCACAACCACGAGUUCACAUGCCUGAUCUCAAGGACCCAUUGACCCACGAAGUCUGCAGCGCCCCCCAAGACAAGGUCCGUUGUCUCACCAAUUCGAUCUGGCCCAAGACCAGUACCGGACCAACGGCACCAGUACAAAACUGUCCACCACUCGAUCCCGCUCGAAUACAGUACUCCUCUCCACAGCAACUCGACUGCGAAGAGAUUUAUGAGCUGAUCUCCGGUAUCCCUAGCGGAAAGGCCGAAGGACCGGACGGGAUUGCUGGUGAGGCUCUCAAGAUGCUGCAUGUUUCAAGAGAUGAGCAAGAACCCGAAAGUGAGAGGGAAAGCAUCAUCGCCCCGAUUCUUGAACACAUCAUAAAUGCCUGUUUUCUCUUAUCGCAUCAUCCAGCGCAGUUCAAACGGUCCAGGACUGUCAUAGUCGAAAAGGCGGACAAGCCAACGUACGAAACACCGAAGAGCUGGCGUCCUCUCGCCUUGUUAUCCUGCAUGGGCAAGGUUGUAGAGAAGGCCAUGUCGAAUCGCUUGACGAUACUCUCCCUUGAGCACCACCUUGUCCCUUACAAUCAGUUUGGAUUCGCACGACGGUCUACGACAAAAGCGCUCGAGUUGAUUCUGAAUCGCGUCUACCGAUGCUGGAACGCCAGCCCGCGCAUGUUUGCAACGCUCAUGACCAUUGGCAUGACUGGCGCCUUCGAUCAUGUCGAUCGAGAGGUUCUCCUCAACAUCUUGGUUCGGAAAGGUGUCCCUGACUGGAUGGUUCUGUACAUCUCUUCAUUUCUUUCUGAUCGACGCGUUGCCCUGUCUAUUCCAGGAUACACAUCAGAGGAGUUCUGGGUCAACAUUGGCAUUCCCCAGGGCAGUCCUCUUUCGCCUGUCCUCUUCGCCUUGUUCUCCUCUCUUAUACUGGACGAACUCAACAAGAUCUGGCCAUCGAGUCCAUUCUUCCAAGCCAUGUCGUACGUUGACGACACUUGCAUGGUGGUCACCUCACCCUCCUACGAGGAAAACUGCAGAAUCUUGACAACGGCCUUUACCGACCUGAUUGCCGCUACCGCGCCGCAUGGCAUUGCCUUUGGCCCUUCCAAGACACAUAUCAUGCAUUUUCAGAAUCCGCACAGGGAUACUCGGGGGGCCAACUCGAGAACUGCCGACGAACCUGAGCCACCCAGAAUCAUACCAUUGGCAGAUCUACCAGACGUUGGUGUGGAAGGGGCAAAGAAGGAGGAGGUGAUCAAGCUUCUCGGGGUUUACUUGGACCAAUCUUUGACAUGGGCCACGCACGUAAAGGAGGUUACCGAGAAGAUGGAAGCCAAGAUGCGCACCAUCUAUCGUAUUUCCGGCUCGACAUGGGGGCCCUCUCUCGCCAGCAUCAGACGCCUGUACAUCACAAGUGUCCGCCCGAUCGCCGCAUACGCCGCUCCCGUGUGGUUCCUUUAUCGAGACAACGAACGCAGGGUUCGCUGGCAGAUCAGCGUCAAUUUGGUCACGAAGCUCGACAAGGCACAGGCGGCGUGUCUCCGACAGGUCGCCGGCGCUUACCAGACCACAGCGAACGCGGUCGUCCACCAGGAACUUAAUGUCCCGCCGCUUUCUCUAUUCCUUGAGAAGCUCGGCCAGAACCAUCGCACUCGCAAUCUUGACACCCCGGAAUACGGUUCUCUCGAUACCGUGUGGGGAACCGGUACCAUGCCGAAGACCCUAAGCGCAGCGAACAACGUAGCACACCCAUACCGCAUCCUCUACAAAUUCACGGCCGCUUCUAUUGAUUUCGCGGCCCGGAAGCAACUCAUCGAACUCAACGAGAAGCGAGCUACGAAAACAGACCGGCGCGGUUUUCCGCUACCGAAGUUAACGUGGCGGAACUUCCUUGACCGACAGCAAGUGCGGGGCAAAGUCAUCAACGACAAACUUCAGGAGGCAUGCGCGCGGUACUGGCAGAACUACCUCGACGCUCGCCAAGACCGAAGGGAGGAUCAGACCGAGCCAAACCUUCGCAUCGCCAACCACCGUCCUCUCUCCCUUUCGGAAAAAUGGGGCCCAGCCAGCUUGAAAUACUAUGCCAAGCUCACGCGUGCUGAGAGCACCAUGUUGUUCCACCUUAGGACUGGUGUCGUGGGACUCAAGUCCUACCUCUUCUCCAUCCAUGUUCGCGACAUCGUCGACGACCUCUGCCCGUGCAAGCAGGGCAAGCACACCGUCGAGCAUGUCUUCAUCCACUGUCCUGCUUUGUUGGCUGAGCGGACACGGCUCUAUCAGCAAGUCGAUCAUCAUGAUUUGAAGAAGUUGCUGACGCGUGAUUCCAAGGCUGCUGCCGCAGAGAUGGAGCGUGAUGGGGUGUCUGGUGCCUCUGCCUCGGAGACUGGAACGAGGGAGGCCGGGGGAAGACAGCCUUUGGUGGAACUGCAGUCAUGCCUCGAUAGUGAUGAAUACACACAGUACCACUUACCCUUUGGGGUCCGGUCCGCCUCAUUGGGGGCCAUCUUCGCCUUCACGGGCAAGCUGCCGGCCGCAGAACGAUCCCGCCGCAACACAUUAAUCGCCCUUCUAACAGCCGAAUACCACCCCUUACUUUCUCCCUUUAUCUUAUCCAACAACAACCUCUCCCUACUACUAUUCCCAUUUAACACGCUCGCCUGCGCUCUUUCUAAGCUCCCAAUCAUACCAUCAAGUCUAGGCUUGAUCCUGACUAAUGUCAAAUCACCAGCUAUCAUGAUGUAUCUGUCCGUCUUCCGCAAGUCGACAUUGCGGAUGUGGUAUCUGUUGAGGCGGUCUCUCCACAGCUCGGGGUCGUCUACCAUCGAGGAAGCCCCAAGGGUCGACGAGUUGUUGGUGGCGUCUCGGCAUUUCGACAAACUUGAUCAGAGGGCGAUGCAUUGGAUGCGAUGCGAGCGAGUCUUCAGGAUUGGAAACCAAGUAGGUAGACGGUUGGACAGCGACAGCGACAGCGCGACAGCGACGGACGGCGAGGGAAGUGAAGUUGAAAGUGCGGCAGACAUCGUGAGGUCGGCAUCAUUUAACGACGGCGACGAGGGCAUCUCCGAUACCACCGUUAGGGCAGCCAACUCAGCCAGGCUCACAAGGUGGUGGCGUCGGGCGCCCAACAUCGCCGUCAAUGAUUCCCUGAAACGGAUCUCUUGUAAUCAUUUAUGGAACGUAUUGCUAAUGCCCACUCGACAUCCAGCCGUGGUUGUGAACUUUGCAGGAGGGAAAGUUGAAAAGCUUUUCCAGGCCUCCCUGACAUAUGAAAUGGUGAGUUUGCUUUUCCUGUCCAUACAUCCGUUCUUGACUUUCAGCCACGCUUGCUGUGCCACCUCGUGGGUCUGGGAACCCCUUGUCAUAUAUCUAGCCCGCCUGCACAUCGAGGACUCAAAUCAAAACCGAAUUGCCUUCAACCUCUUUUCUUCUACAUACCUCGUUGUUUCCGCACAGUCAUUUCGACACACUCAUUCACUCGCACACGCUCGUUCACUCUCACACACAAUGGCUCAAAUCGCCAGUUCACGCGUUUGCGACACGCAGGGCGGCUUGGUUUUCUUCAAAUUUCCGAAUGCGUUGCGCAACUUGAUCUACAAAUACUAUCUUCAGCUUGACGAAGGAUACAAGCUUAAUCCGCACACCAACAAGCUGCGAACCGGCAACGACAAACCCAUCUCUCUCGACUUGUUGUACACCUGCAAGCGCGCUGCCUUGGAGAUGCGAGGGUUACCCUUUCAGCAUAAUAUCAUCACCUUCUCCGCGUUCUGCCCUCAGUCGCAACAAGGUCGCUUCAACGCUGGUCACUUCAGCAACAUGACGCGCAUGAUGGAAUGCGAACUACGGGCACUCUUCCACUACAGUCUUGAUCCCAGCUUCUUCCCCCGUCAAGUGGUUAAAGAAGUUUUAGACGCGUAUCCAGCUUUCGCCCCCAUUUUAGACGCGAUGAAGGGAGAAGAGUGGCAAAGUUUGGAUAUUCAUCCUCCUUACGGCAAGACUCCGUCGACUUUUCGCAACUUUGUCCGUUUCACUCUAAAUACGAUCAAAUCCCAUCGAUGCCUCUUUGAGAACCGCAAAUAUGAACAGAUCAUCGAUCGGCGUCGGCAGUGUCUUGAGAAUGGACGUUAUCUCGAGCGGGGAAAUAUUCCACUGAGCCAACUGUUUGGGCUCAGACCCCAGAAUUGGACAAUUCCCACCCAAAAAGAUGUCAAUGACAUGACUAUCCUCUCUGACGGGCUCAAGACUUGCGCCGUAUUUUGCGACGAUCUUUACGAUAAGCGCGAGCCGCCCGUGGAUCUAACCAGAUUUUGUUACUCAGCAGUUGUCGGCGCUAUUCAGUUUCUAGAUUCGAUGCUCCCAUCGUCUCGCGCCGAUGUUCGCCGCAUCAACCUCAUAGAAGAUCGACCGUCACUAUCUUACCCGGAAUGCCACGGUUUGGGGUUGAUACGGUUCUGCCAAGAGAAUCCGCUAUUACGCAUCGAGCGUCACGUGGGCUUAUGGGAUACUAUAUUCCAGGGCGAUCCCAUGAGUAUGGAACCCGGAGAGGAGGAGCUGCCCCGGAGGGAGAAGAAGACAGACGAGAUAUCUUAUCCCAUAGCCACCUGGAUGGUAGAGGCCUUGGCUUUACCUGCAGCUGGUAUGCCUCAGGAUGCGUUCAAGUUGAUGUUCGUUGGAGAUUCAGAGGGAGACUGGGAGUGUGAGCAAAUCUUCCGCAAGAUCGUCCUACGAGACGCCGCGUGGCAGGAGGCAAGGGACGAAUGUUUCAAACGAGGUAUUCUACCACCGCUCUCUUGGGCGGAGAGGAGGGCUGGAGCCUGGGGAGGGUCUUACGAUGAUGAUGCAUUCACAGGCUCGAACCCCCUUUGUCGUUGCUUUCUCUUCGAAGACUUUCCGCGGGCGGUGCAUGAACUUCUCAAUGGAAGUUCGCUCAUCACCUGCAACUUCAAUCCAGGCGAAGCUUGGAAUCUCGAGAAGAUCAUUGAGAAACGGCGAUCGUGGUCUUUACGCAAGUGGAACCGCAAAUGGUCGCGUGGGAACCAGUCGUACAGAAGAGGCCUCGGCCCUCACGACGCCUCAAAUUGA